AUGGGCCGCGACAAGACGUCCAGCAAGAAGAAUGGCAAGAGUGCCAAGGCUUCUAGCAAGAGCGCCGCCACAAAGGUCUGCAUACCAGAGCCCAAGGCAAGCUCGGCAACUUCAGUCAGAAAGACUGAGACCAAGAAGGCGCAGCCGCAGACAAGUAGAAAGAUGUCCAAGAAGAAGGAGCUCCAAGUUGUUGGGGAGCUAAUCGAGGGCGAGAUUGGCACGGCUGCCCCACGGCCAAUGCCACUUAGCGCAUUGACGAAGCACAAGAUGGUCGCUUGGCAGUGGCUAGGUGAAGGAGGCCAGAUGCACUAUCCCAUUCCCAUCGGUUGCAACAAGCCGUUGUCGCCGUUCAACAGUGAGGACGAGUAG